GUUACGUACGUACCCACUUUUAUUAUUACUUCCUUCAUACAUUCUCUCUCCCCUUUCAUAGUCUGAUAGACACUCUCACAUGCCAUGGAUGCUCCAAAACCCUUCUUCUUCGUCGUCUUCUUGCUUCUUGUCACCAACAACGCAAGCGUAGGAGCCCAAGUUGAAGAAUCCGCCGUGAAAGUCGUCGGCGAAAGAACGGAGAUGCCAAUGGGGAUGUCAUUGUACGGCGGCGACUUCGGCGAUGCUGAAGAGGAGGAGCUGGAAGGAGAAGAAUCCGCGGCAGCGGCGGCGGGUAGCCGGAGAUCUCUCUUCUGGCGCACAAUGAGGUACUACAUCUCCUACGGCGCACUCUCGGCCAACCGGAUCCCUUGCCCUCCCCGUUCCGGCAGGUCUUACUACACCCACAACUGCCACCUGGCUACCGGCCCCGUCCGCCCUUACUUCCGAGGUUGCUCCGCCAUCACGCGCUGCCGGAGGUGAACACCUGUAUAACUACAGUACGUUACGUUAUAUGGGUUGCAUGUAUAUGUAAUCUGCGUGCUUUUUAAUUUCUUUGAAAAUUUUGCAGACUCAUUGCCUGCUGGUCCACUGUUAAAACAUUAUUCUUAAUUAAUAUUCGAUUU